AAGAAGGCGGAGUAGCAACGCAAACCAGUUAGUUCGAGUUAGAUGCCGAAUAUCAAAAUCUUCAGUGGCAGCUCCCACCAGGACUUAACCCAGAAAAUCGCGGACCGCCUGGGCUUGGAGCUUGGCAAGGUGGUGACUAAGAAAUUCAGCAAUAAGGAGACCUGCGUGGAAAUUGGCGAGAGUGUGCGUGGAGAAGAUGUCUACAUUGUUCAGAGUGGCUGUGGAGAAAUUAACGACAAUCUAAUGGAGCUUUUGAUCAUGAUCAAUGCCUGCAAGAUUGCUUCAGCCAGCCGGGUCACUGCAGUUAUCCCAUGUUUCCCUUAUGCCCGGCAAGAUAAGAAAGAUAAAAGCCGGGCCCCAAUCUCAGCCAAACUUGUAGCAAAUAUGCUGUCUGUAGCAGGUGCAGAUCACAUCAUCACCAUGGAUCUACAUGCUUCUCAGAUUCAGGGCUUUUUUGAUAUUCCAGUUGAUAAUUUAUAUACUGAGCCAGCUGUCCUAAAGUGGAUAAAAGAGAAGAUCUCUGAGUGGAAGAACUGCACUAUUGUCUCACCCGAUGCUGGUGGAGCCAAGAGAGUGACCUCCAUCGCAGACCGGUUGAACGUGGACUUUGCCUUGAUUCACAAAGAACGGAAGAAAGCCAAUGAA